AUGCUCCACAACAACAAUACAUCAAUUACUUAUUAUCUUUCUGCUAGAAAAAAAAAAAAAAGAAGUAAUACAAGAACAUCGCCGUAUUUUGAUCUUCACAAAACACUUAGACAGACUAUAGUAAUUCCUGAAAGGUGGUCCGAAGAGUAG